AUGGCUGAUCCAAAGGAGGAAAAGCUGGCGAUGGACAUCUUUGCCUGGUUCCUCAAUGUCUCGACAAGCGUGCUUAUCGUCUUCGUCAACAAAGUCCUUAUGGACCCCAAGAUAGGGUAUCGGUUUGUAUUUGCGACAACGCUAUGCGCAUUCCAUUUUUUGGCUUGUGGUGCCAGCGUAAAGCUUAUGGAGUUGUUUGGCUAUGGCAAGCGUGCGACGAUGCCGAUGUAUGAAUGUAUUCGCUUCGCUGUAAUUGCAAGCGUCUCCAUCGCCAGCCUAAACCUGUCCCUGCUUGUCAACAGCGUCGGCUUUUACCAAAUAUCCAAACUCCUCAUUACACCUUUCGUGGGCCUCGCCGAGUACCUUUUCUAUAAGCGGAGAUUCACGGCUCCGACCGUGAUUUCCAUCUUAACAGUCGUCACGGGAGUCGCAAUUGUCACGGUGAAUGACGUGUCCACCACCGUACUGGGCCUCGUCAUUGCGGCCAUCAGCGUGGUAACCAGCGGCCUGCAGCAGCUCAUGUGCGGAGAGAUUCAGAAGCGACUCAGCCUCACGUCCACACAGCUGCUGUCCAACACUGCGCCUGUGCAGGGUGCCAUGCUCAUGAUGGUGGGUCCCUUCGUGGACAAGGCGGUGACCUCCAGGUGGCUCAAGCAGUACGACUGGUCGGUGCCCGCCCUCACGUGCCUGUUCUGGUCGUGUGCCGUGGCAGUCCUGGUGAACGUGUCGCAGUUCAUGUGCCUGGGCCGGUUCAGUGCCAUCACGUUCCAGGUAACGGGCCACACUAAGACGGUGCUCGUGCUCCUCUGCGGCCGGCUGUUUCUUGGGGAGACCAUCGGCGCACGGAAGUUGAUUGGCAUGGUAACUGCCGUACUGGGCAUGGUGGCGUACGGAUACUUCAACUCUCUGCCGGUGAAGCACUCGUCCAGCAUCGCGGGAGGGGGUGCCGGGACGGGUACGACGGCGGCGGUGGCAGGCAGCGGCGCCGGCAGCGGCGCAGGUGGCGGUGGCGGCGGCGGCGGUUCCAAGCGGGAUGAAGACGCGGAAGAUGAUGGCGGCCUCCGGGAGCCGUUGCUGAUGGGCGGUGGCGGCGGUAGUGGGAGUGGGAGCUCCGUCGCCGCCGCCAACGGUGGCGUGGCCGUACAGAUGUACGCCAGACCAUACGGCAGCAGGACCCGUACCGCGGUAGGUACGGAGGAACAUGAUGCGGUCCGCUGA